AUGGAUUGUAAUAAACAAAAAUCAUUAACAACUAAUUCCCUCAAGUCAAAAAGAAAUCUCAAAUCAUGUUCAUUAUGCAAAGUCUGUGACAUUGAUAAUGCUCAAUUACAUUAUGGUGCAUUAUGCUGUGUUUCAUGUAAAAUGUUCUUUCGACGAAAUGCUCACUUUGAUCUAAACAGUAGAAAAUGUGUUUCUCAUGGCAAAUGUGAUAUAACAGUAAAAAGUCGAAAAACAUGUCGAUGUUGUCGCUUAAAAAAAUGUUUUUCAGUUGGAAUGCAAAUCGAAUUAUUACGUGCUUCACAUAAUCGACAAGGUUCACGUAAUAAACAAUAUAUAAAUGAUAAAAUAACUUCUUCGACUAGUGUUAUUCAUCCAAUUGAUUUACUUCAAAAUGAUCGAUCAUUAUUAACUACUGAACAAUGGUCUUAUUUAUCAAAUGUAAUUAAUUUAUUUGAUUCAAAAGCUCCUGUUUCUAAUAUUCGUCGUUUAUUAGAAGUUCAAUCAACAUAUCCAAUGAAAAUGCGAUUAAAAAUGGCUGAAACAAAUAUAUUAAUUGUUAUCAAUACAAUGUAUCAAGCUGUUUUACCAUUUGUUACAAAUAUAUCUCAUUUUGGAAGUUUAUCAUUAAAUGAUCAAUCUGCUUUAAUUGAAAGAAAUCUAAGAAAUGUUGGUGGUUAUAGUGGUAUUGUUAUAAGUCGUGAUGCAGAUGUUCAUUCUAGUCCAAUAUUUAAAACUGGUUUUCCAUUGAUUUAUGGAUCAAAAGUAAUGAAUGAUGCAAUUAAAAUUUAUGAAAAUGCAGAUAAUGAUGGAACAUUAAUUAAAUUAUUAAUGCCUACUUUAAUAUUUUCAACAGCUUGUGAUCUUCUUAUUCCAACAGAUGAAAAUAAUGAAAACAUUUAUGACAAUUUUCAUUUAGAAUUUAAUGUUUCAACAAAUGAAUAUCGUUUAAUUUCCAAUGAAAAACAAAUAUUAGAUAUUCAAAAUUUUUAUGCUGAAAUAUUAUUUAAAUAUAUGAUUUUUCGGUAUGGUUUUAAAGAAGCAGUAUUAAGAUUUGCUGCACUUAUCAAAACUUCUCUUGAUCAAAGUAUGUGUUCAUUACGUGGUAGAGAAGUCCUAAAACAUAAACAAUUAAUGCAAACAAUAGUGAAACAAACUGAACAAUCAUUAACAUUACAUGAUGACAUAAUUAUAAACUAA